AACUAAUGAAGAAUCCGUUAAUGAAGAAUUUUUCUUUCAUAGAACUAUCCGCAAUAAGAAGAAAAACAAAGAAAAACAUAGUGAUCCAUUGGUUCGCAGUCGACGAAAGCGGCGGAGUUUACUGAGCUUUCGAGCCAAUAGGAAUACGUCGGCUUGCUAAAAAUACAUUUUGAAUCACAGUAGGAGGAGAUGAAACGACACCUCCUUCGCGAAAGGCGAGAAAUACUCUUACAAAAUGAAAACUAGCGGAGGCACUUCGAGUCGUUUGAAUACAAAUACAAAUGUGGAGCAACGUUUAAGAAGUCCGAAGUGCGCGCGAUGUCGAAAUCACGGUGUAAUAUCUGGUUUGAAAGGUCACAAGAGAUCCUGUGCAUGGAAAGAUUGCCGAUGUCCUUGUUGUCUUCUAGUCGUCGAAAGGCAGCGAGUGAUGGCAGCGCAAGUUGCUCUACGUAGACAACAACAAGCGCAAGGCGACAAUCUUCUGUCUUCAGUAAAUAAAAUAUCAGCGGACACUGUAAGUCCUUAUCACACUAAAACAAAAUACAACGAACCUGUCUGCGGUAGAAGAACCAAGAAUUUUCAAAGGCAUCAUUUACAUUUCACGCAGACGAGUAUUAGCGUGACGCAGGACUUUUAUGGAUUAAAUACCAUACAUGGUUUACCUGGCGCAUUAUCAGCCCAUCCUACACGUUUGCUGAACAAUUUAUCUUCUCUAGAAUGCGAUCAAAAACAAGAAGCUGAACCCAUACUGAAGAUAGAGUCUUUCCAUUCUGCAUACCCGACAAUGGUUCCAUGGUUCAAUGAGGUAACGCAAUCAUACAUAGCGAAUGAAGAGUUGAAUAAUUUUAUUUCUACGAGAGAUUUGCGAAGCUGUCCUACUACAAUCAAUAAACCUUGUUUAGAAAAAAAAGCGCCAAUUUCCUUCAGCGUGGAAUCUAUUAUCGGUACGAAAUAAUCUAUUAUCUGUAUUUUAAUUGUUUGAGUACCAGCGAGCUAUUACCUAUUCCGAUCUGGCAAUUUGAGAAUUGCCAACGAUACCGCAACCGCAACAUGCACUUAACAUCGAAUAGUCAAUAAAUAUCCCACUUAUCUUUCAGCAAUAUAUUCCAGCAAGAUACAUAAUAAAUGGCAAAUGUUAAAUUUUUUAAUAAGAAACGGAGUGAGAUAUUUUGCUCGUAUUCAUUAAUUGGUACUUGAACAAUUAAUCCCACUACGGUGAAAUGAAUAAUCUUACAAAUAGUGCACCAAUUAGUACAUAUAAGUAAAAAAAAAAAUGACAUUUUCACAAACAUUGUGCAAAUUAUGUAAUAGUAGUCGUAUGUCGUAUGUAAUCAACACUUUAAUAUAUCGUAUAAUAAUCAUAUAAUAAAGUGUAUCUUACUUCCUCGUUGACUAUAUGUAUGUGUGUUGUGUGUGUGUGUGUGUGUG